AUGUUUCAACAUAAUGAAUCAAUAAUUGAUCGAAAAACUUGUUCAUUAAAUAUGGAAACAAUAAAUAAUCAAUUAUUUAAUAACAAUAAUCGUAAUUAUACAAGUUCUUCAAUGAGAAUAGAUAAAUCAGAUAAAUUACCAUCUAUUAAUGAUUGUAAAUUAUCAAUACCUAAAUUAUAUAAAGCUAAAAUUACACCAGAUUGGAUUGUUACUAUAUGCUCAGAAAUAUGGACAAGAUUAUUAUCAUCAUCAUCAUCCUCAUCAUCAUCCUCAUCAUCAUUUAUAUUAGAUUCUAAUGAAAAUAAUAUAGAUCAUCAAAUAUCUGGUUCAAAAUUAGUUAAUUAUUUAAUGAUCACUGAAAAUAAAACUGAUCGUAAUUUAAUAUGUGGUUUAUGGCAAUUAUUAUUAGAUGAAAAUGCAAUUGAACCAAUUCUAUCAUUAAAUAAUAAUAAUGAUAAAUCAGUGAAUUCAAUUGAAUUUUAUGAUCGUGAUGAUGUUUUUUAUAUAUGUAAAUGUAUUAAAAAUAAACGUUUAUCUAUUGAUGAAGCAUUAAUAAUUAAUGAAAUUUCAUUAAAUAAUAAUCAAUCAAAUCUAGAACAAAAUCAUGAUCUAUUAAAAUUGAUUAAUAAUACAUCCAAUGAUCCAAUGACACAAAUCGAUUUACAUAAUAAUAAUAUAUCCAAUGAAAAAUCUAAUCAAUAUAUCAAUAUAAUUAAUGAUCAUAAUCAUGAAAUAGAUGGUUAUCAUAUAUUAAUUGAUAAAUUAUAUCGUCUUUCACCUGAAGCAUUAUUUCGUAAAAUAUUACAAAAAUUACCAUCGAAUAGAACUGAAAAUGAAUUACAAUAUGUAUAUCAAGAAUUAUUAUUAGUACCAGCAUUAUCAUCAUUUUCUAUAUCGGUUAAACAAGAAUUAUGUAAAUGUUUAUAUUAUGAAGUACAUGAAAAUGCAUUAGAUAUUGUAUUUUAUCAAGGUGAUCCAGGUAUAUCAUGGUAUAUUAUAUAUCAUGGUAGUGUAUGGGUUCAUAUUAAUAAUCAAGGUUAUAUAUGCCUUCUUAAUGAAGGUGAUGAUUUUGGUAAAUUAUCAUUAAUUACAGAUAAACCAAGAGCGGCUAGUAUAUUAUUAGCUGAAAAUAAUUGUCAUUUUCUUAAAUUAAAUAAAAAUGAUUUUAAUAGAAUUCUAUGCAAUGUUGAAGCUAAUACAGUACAUUUAAAAAAUAAUAAUUCUGAUGUUUUAAUAUUAGAACGGAUACCAGAUAAUAAAUUAUUAAUUCAAUUACAAAAUAAUCAAUUACAUAAUCAUAGUCAUCAUCAAAUUAAUGAUAAUGAUAAUCAAUUAAUCAAUAAAUUGACCGAUCAUAAUUAUUCAAUUAUAGCUGGUACUAUUGAAUAUAUACUUUAUCAUUUAUUAGAAAAUUGUUUAAAUGAAUUAAAUAAUCAAUUACAAUCAAUUAUUAAUAAUCAAUUAUAUCCAUCAUAUUUAUAUCCACAUACACCAUAUAAUAUUGAUCAAACAUGGCAAAUAUUCUUUCUUACAUAUAAAUUAUUUACAACAAAUAAUGAAAUUCUAUUAUUUUUAUAUAAAUAUUUAGGUUGUAAUAAACCAUUGGAAUCCAUACAUGAAACUAACGACAAUAAUAGUAAUGAUAGUAGUAAUAAUAAGGACAUUCAUGAUUAUGAUCAACAAUGGGAAUUUCCCAAUGAUUUACAAUUUGAUAUCACUAAAGUAUGUCGUGUUACUAUAUUAUUUUAUAUAUGGCGUUAUUGUCUUGGUUUAUUUAUAUUUGCUAAUCAAAUAGAAGUGAAUCAAUUUAUAAUGAAUUUAAAAAUAGCACUAAAUAAUAUGAAUAUGAUAGAAACAAGAAAUCAUCCUAAUAAAAUCGAUUUAUUACAUGAUCCAUUAGAUAAUCAACAACAACAACAACAAUCAUCAUCACCACCACCACAACAACAACAAGCAGGUCAUCCAUUAUAUUUAAUUUGUUUAAAUAAACUUAUUAAAAAGAAUGAAAAAUUAAUGAAUAUCAAACCAAUGAUUGUAAAACAACAUAAUAUAUCAUCGAAUUUUUUACAUUUCCCGCAUAAUUUUUUACGUACUUUACCAUUUGUUUGCAAUACUACUACUACUACUACUACUAAUAAUAAUAAUAAUAAUAGUAAACGCGGAAUGAUUAAAAUGAAUAAAACUCAGUUAGCAACCAGUAGUGAACAUGGUGAUUCAUCAGUAACUGCUACUACUACUACUACCAGUACUACUAGUACUACUGCUAAUUAUGUAAAAUCAUUAGAUAAUCAAGAUACCACUAUUGUACAUAAUGAACAAUAUAAUCCAGAAAUGAAAUCAAUACCUAAUCUAUUAUUUGAUUUACAUAUUAGCCCAAAUACAUUACCAUUAAUUCAAUCAAUACAUACCGUAACAAUUAAAAUUUAUAUAACUGAAUUAACUAAACAAAUUUAUAUCACUGUACCAAUUGAAGCAAAUGUUUAUGAAAUUAAACAAUUAUUAAUUACUAAUCAAAUGAUUCAAUCAAAUAUUAAUGAAUUAAAAUUAGUUGAAGUAUUCUCUAAAGGUGAUUGGAUUAUUUAUCAAGAUUAUGAAUGUGGUAUUAUGUUUAGUUUAUCAUCAAAUAGUCGAUUAUUUUUAACUAAAGAAAGUCAAAUACAAAAUUUAAUACCAUUAGCUGAACAAUUAAUAGUAACAAUGAAUUUUUUAGAAUUAAAUGAUAUAGAUCGUAUUAAAAAUUUUAAUCAACAUGAUCAUUUAUUAUUAAGAAAGAAUAGAUUAAUGCAAACUUCAAUAAGAUUAUUAGAUGAAUUAACUAUUGAUGAAUUAGCUACAAUAUUAUCUUAUUGUCAUGUACAAUUAGCUAUUUGUAUACAUCCACAAGAAUUAUUAGAUUAUGUUAUUGAUAAUAAUAAUAAUAAUCAUAAUAAAGCAAAUAAACCAUGUUCACAUAUUCGUACCCUUGUGAAACGUUUUAGUUUAUUACAUGCAUGGACAAUAACACAAAUUGUUACAACAUGUAAUUUAACUAAACGUGUUAAUAUCAUUAAAAAAUUAAUUAAAUUAGCUAAUUGUCUUCUAUCAUCACCAUUAUAUGAUUUAUAUAGUUCAUUUGCAAUUAUAUUAGGAUUACAAAAUUCAUCAAUUACACGAUUGACACAUACAUGGGAACGUGUACCUAAUCGUUGGCGUCGUUUAUUCAAUGAUACAUUAUUACCACUUACUGAUCCUUCGAAAAAUCAUAGAACAGCACGUUUAUGGAAUAAUUAUAAUGAAAAUAAUAACUAUAUUAUGCAUAAUAUAAUCAAUUUACCAAGAUUACCAUUUUUACCAUUAAUAUUAAAAGAUUUAAGAUUUGCUGAAGAUGCUAAUCAAACUGAUUAUCAUAAAACAGAUAAUAAUAAUAAUAAUAAUAAUAAUAAUAAUAAUAAUAAUCGAUUAAUUAAUUUUAAUAAAAUGAGACUUAUUUCCACAAGUUUACGUUCAUGGAUUAAUUGUAUAUCUGGUUAUGAAUUAUUACACCCAUAUAAUCAAUUUAUUGAUUUAAAUAAUAAUAAUAAUAAUAAAAUCAAUAAUUCAUUAAUCAAUAAUAUCACAGUACAAAAAUUACUUGAAGUAACUAAUGAAUCAAAAAUAUUUGUAUUAGAACAUUUACAUUGUAUUGAUGAUCCAAAAAUUAUAACACAAUUAUCAUUAAGAUUAGAACCUAAAAAAUAAUCAAUCAAUCAAUCAAAAAUGAAAUAAUCAAUCAAUCAAUCAAUCAAAAAUGGAAUAAUCAAUUAAUAUUUUCCUCUGAUUUGUAAAUAGAUAUAUAUAUAUAUAU